UACCGUCUAUCAUAGAUCUGAGCGUCACUGAAGGGAUCUCCGCUAAUCUAGUCGAGCUGCGCGUCAUGCGUAAAGCACAUAGAGCGCACAGGGAAGAAUAGCACAUAGAGUGGAAUAAGACCUCUAGAUUAGUCUAAGUGCAAAGAGAUGCGCUGUAUUUAAGCAAGUUUCUAACGUUCUUUAAUACCAUCCAGUGCAUUGCUGAAUUUGUGUAUUAAUUGUGUGCGUUUUGCGCGGAUCAGGUUAAGAUUAUUUUUGAAAAAAAAAUAGAUAUAUAUAUUUCUGAGGGAUAACAGCGUGCUGUUUUCUUUUUAUUAAAGGCAGUGUGCAGGAGUGAGGUAAGGUUGCCUAUCAUGGGUGCUCUAGUGCCAUUAAUACUAGCACUUUUCCUGGGUGCUGCGUGGGGAUGCCAGCUGCCCCACGACUGGAGACCUCAGACUGAAGCGUGCCGAGCAGAACUAGCGGAGAUCAUCGUCUUUGCCAAGGUGCUCGCUAUCCAUAAGGAGUCUUACAGCGUGUACAACUACCUGCCGUGGCAGUACGACACGGAUCUGUUCUUUUCCGCGGAGAUCGAGCUGCUGUGUGAUCAGGCAUGGGGCAGCAUGCUAGAGGUGCCAGCCGGCUCCAGGUUCAAUGUCAGUGGACUGGGUUAUUUCCCCUGCUACUCGUACAGCGUCAUGGAGAAUAACUCCUACUAUCUCUUUCUGAGAAUGGAUGAAAACUACAGCAUCAUUCCUCAUGGCGUUAACUUCCAGGACCCCAUCUUCCCAGACACCCCAGAGAACCAUCGCAUGUUUGCCAGCUUGUUCCAGUUUUCCAACUGCACAGCUGGCACACAGGUUCACAUGUACACUCCAGAAUGGGAGAUGCAGGAGGACAACAGACUAUGGUGCUCAAAUGUGCAGAAGGCGUUAUUUGAAGAGGAAGAGAAAGUCAAAAAUCUCUCUCAGAAAGUGAAAACCUUGGAGAAGGCCAACAACCACCUGAGGGACAAGGUAAAGAACAUGAAACGUCUCUUGAGGCAGGCUAAACCGGAGACCAAGGAGUCGGUUCAAAGCUUCAAACAGCUUCACGAUGCUGAACCUAAGCUGUCCCAUCCAGAGCAGGACACCAUGCAGGACCAGAAACCCGCUCUCAGAAAAAUCCUGCCCAAAAAGCUCAAGAAUUAACACCUGUUCCUCCAUGGCAGGAAAACAGAUUGUAGUCAAUGUUUAUUGGCAAAUCUAGAAGGCCACAGGUAUCUAUGAAGGCAGCAUUGCAUUUUAAAGGUUCACAGGUAUAAUGAACCUUCUACUGUGGAUUAUCAGUAGAAUACUGUGGAGUUCUUUACUGACUCCAGACAUUUUAGCCAAAAAAAAAAAAAAAAAAAAAUCCUAUAGAAGACUGUAUUAUAUCACUUUAAAACAAAAAUCAAAAGAAGGGAAAAAACAUGCACAAACAAUAUUUUAACUUUAUAAUGAUCCUUCAUAAAAUGUGAACAUAUUUCUAUACGUUUUCUAUACAUUUUAAAGUCCCCAUAAACUUUUGUGAUCUGUGGUGAGUUUUGUGGCUAUGUCUAUUCACUUUGAAGCCAUCUAUGUGCAAGUGUACUCCCUAAAUUUGACAAAAGUAAAAUUUAGCAGAUAUACCUAUGCAUUUAAUGUGUACAGAAAAUGGACCAAAUGUUUUGGACUCAUCCUGUACUACUCAGAUUUUCGUCCAAUCAAAUGCUCUCUAGAAUGAGAAUGCCCCUCUCAGUAAUAGCAUUUGCAACUAACUAGCAAGAAGGAAAUCAUGGUUCAUGGCUGUGACAUAACUAUUGCCUAUUAGCUUUGGCUUAAAGAAUUUAAUAAAUAAGGGAAAAUCCCUAAACUUACUGAAUCAAUAGAAAAUGUAUCAACAUAGGAUAGAAAAUGAUGCUUGUCAAGUGAUUUCAUGUGGUCUGUAAAUACAACAUGAGGUUUAGGCCAAUAAAAUCCAACAACGGUCAAUAAUGAUUUUGUGAAAACAGACUUGACUUUUCUGCUUCGAAGCUGAUAUUUUUAAUAUCAAGGUCACGGACGACAAGGUCACGGAUGAUGUUUUGUGAAUUUAUUUGCCAGGUCAUUAUAUGUAGUCAUGCAUCGGGAAUUACAUUUUAGCACAGUGCAAUGAUAUUGACUUUCAGCAGAGGUGGGUAGAGUAGCCAAAAACUUUACUCAAGUAAAAGUUCAAAUACUUAAAAAAAAAGAAUAACUCUAGCAGAAGUAAAAGUACUAACAUAAAUAAUUACUUGAGUAUCCAAUUAACGGAGUACUCAAAUAGUUUCACAAAAUACGUAAUGGAUGUUUAGGGGGCGCUGUGGUAAAAGUCCCAUUUAACGAACUCUCAAUAUAUUACGCAUUAAAUAAAUGCAUAAUGUAACGACAGGAACCCUGCGCUUUUUGACAAAGUAAAAGUAAAACAGUGUAGAUGUAGUGCAUUACUACCCACCUCUGACUUCCAGUCUAUAAAAAUCUUACACAUUACUGUAAUACUCUUUCAGCAGACAACUCCAAGAAACAAUCUGACUAUAAUACAGACCAAAUAUCUGGUUUGGGACAUUGUGUAGAAGUGGUUCCAUACCUACAGUCUUCUAUGGCCAUUUAUGGGAUAAAAAUAUGUUUUCAAGAGUCAGUGCACAUCAUUAAUCUUCUAGUUUUGUUAGUGUUUCUUUUUACAUUUCAUACCAAUUUUGCAUUUAGUAAUUCCAAGUUUGUACAAGUGUUUUUAUACAUAGUGAAUAUGAACUUAAUUGGGUGCUGAGCGCCUGAUAUACAUAACCUAAAAUGUAUCUUACCAUGUACAUUUUCGACAUAUGUGUCAACUGUGUUUACUGAUGUGAUUUAAAGCUGGUGUCAUUGUUGUACAAUGGUAGGUAUUACACAUUAACACAUUCACAUGUAUGCCAAUGAAAUAAACUUUUUUUCGUUAU